AUGGAUCCUGAAAAUUUGGAAAGAGAGCCCAGAGAUGAGCAGUACGAGGAGAGCAUAUCCAGCGAAGAUAACGACCUCGUUAAGCAAAUUCACAUCCCCGUGGCCAGGGUUAAAAAAAUAAUGAAGGAGGGGGAACACAAAGGGAUGAUAUCCUCCGACGCCCCCGUGGUGCUGGCAAAGGCGUGUGAACUGCUGAUCAGGGACUUGACCCUGCAGUCCUGGACCUGCACUCAGAUGACGAAGAGGUGUACGCUCCAGCGCCAGGACAUAAUCUCGGCCAUCUUCAGGUGCAGCAUUUACAGCUUCCUGCUGGACAUACUGCCGCCGGAGGACAUUAAGCCUUUGAUCCACGCCCCUCAGGUGGUCCACAGGCAAGUGCCCAGGGACUUUCCCGUCACCGGACGCGUGCCCUUCAAUAACGUCCCGACUGAGUUUUUGUACCCCAAGCACCGUCGAGUGAGUCGUCCCAUGCCGUACUCGCACCCGUUUAACACCUAUGCGCAAUCGCCGCAGUUGCUGAAGCCGCCUUUCAUGAGGCAGGCCGUGAUGGCGAAUCACAUGGGAGGAGUAAAUCACCAGGCCUACAAUUUCACUCACCAUGCCGACCCGAAUGAAGUGCCGCUACCAGGAUCGACGGCCCAUUCGUUCUCCUGCACUCUUAUUGGAGAAAUUAGGCACAUAAAGACAUUCUCAUUGGCCGUAAAGGCGUAUGAAAGCAUCACCAACGGACAAAAAGGCACACAAAAGCACCUCCAACGGACAAGAAAGUAUAUAAAAGCACGUUCGUUGGCCGUAAAGGCGUAUGAAACACGGGUGUGUGAACAGAGCAUAAAGGUAAAUGUGAGCCACGUAGCUGUUGAAUUUGUGGAAUAA